AUGGACGGGCACGGGAUAGGGCAUGAGAGGGAGAGGGAGGAGGAGGAGGAGGAGGAGGAGGAGGAGGAGGAGGAGGAGGAGACGGAGCAGGAGGAGGAGGAGGUAGGAGGAGCAGGUGCACCGCUGAGGGCCGCACCAUCGCCGCCUCAAUCGAAAUAUGGGGGCAUGCCCCCAGGGUUCUGGAUAGGAGUCCUAGGCAGCUGUGGCACGCCGGGCACAUCCUCCAGGCGAGACCGCUGCCGUCACGUCGGCACCAGCGCGCGAGCCCUCUCGCCGCGAAGGAGACGGAGCAGGAGAGGGAGAAUGAUAAUUCAAGAUCAGCUCCAUACCAUGACUGGCAAUGGGGCCACACGCUGUCAACAAGUGCUGGAGCUGCGUUGCCCGCCUCCGAGAGGGAGCCGUCCAGCGACCCCGCUGGAGAGCACCACUGGCUCAUGGGAGACAGAGGCGAAGGAACAGCAUGAGAGGGAUAUGGCCCUUUCUGGAAUGCCUCAUAUGGAGAUGGAGGCGGAGGUGAACAACGGCACAGUAGACGCAAUCCUGGGCCUCAGAGGCACAAAAAAGGCUGCUCGCGCAGUGCACCGUCCAGACUGA